AUGCCCGAAUUGCCAGAAGUAGAACGAGCUGCACGCUUAAUGCGCGAGCUCGCAGAGGGGAAAGUUCUCGAAGAAGUAGAGACAACAGAAGAUACCAUCGUCUUCGCUGGUACCACUCAUGAAGCAUUCAGAUCGGAGCUUUUGGGUCGCACGAUUGAGUCCGUGGGGCGCUAUGGCAAAGUUUUUUAUCUCUUGUUAUCAGGUCAGGGCAAGAUGCCCGUUUUACACUUUGGAAUGACCGGCAUGCUGCAAGUACGAGGUGUCGCACCUCUACACUAUCGGGAAGCACCGCGGAAAGCGGCGAAUACUUGGCCUCCCCGCUUCAUGAAGUUUAUCCUUCACUUGCGCUCGCCGGACGUAGUCCCCAAUACGGCGGCGAACACACAGAUAGCGUUUCUAGAUGCGCGUAGGCUGGGUAGAAUACGGCUCUGCCUGUCGCCGCUCACUGAACCGCCUAUAUCCGCCAUGGGUUUUGACCCCAUACUGUCUAUGCCUGAACUGGACGACUUCCGGAAAGGGAUACUAAAGCGAACGUGUCCAAUCAAGGCUCUCCUUCUCGAUCAAUCCUUCAGUGCAGGUGUCGGGAAUUGGGUUGCUGAUGAGAUACUCUAUCACGCUCGUGUACACCCUGAGCAGCGAUGCCAUACCUUAUCUGAAGAGCAGAUAAGCGCUUUACAUCUUCAAACCAGUGAGGUUUGCCGAAUAGCUGUCGAGGCCAAUGCAGAUGACUCAAAGUUCCCCAUUGAUUGGCUGUUCAAACAUCGCUGGGGGAAAGGAAAGAGAAAGUCCGCAGAGACUGAGGGAAAGCCGUUGGAAUUGCCAAAUGGGGAUAACGCUACUAUCAAGUGGGUCACGGUAGGCGGCCGGACAUCGGCAUUCGUUGCCGAACUUCAAACACUUUCUACUACCGGCGUAGGAACGCCUGAAUCAGAAGAGAGUGACCUGACUCCGUUAUCAGGGGAUGAAGAGGAGCUCAAUACGCGACCUACGGAACGGAAGGAAAAGGAAGGCAUCCCGAUCUCGAGCCUCAUGCGUUUCAUCACACUGCAAUCGAUGUUGAAAUAUGAUACACUGCGAUAUGUUACUACUUCGACGAAGCGUCAAGAGCGUUACGUGACACAGGAUCGGCGCUUUCAAUAG